AUGGGUUUUUCGGCUUGUAGAGUGAUCUUCCUUCUUGUUUGUAUUGGGUUUCUAUCUAUUCAACCGGAGAUGGUUUCUGGCCUGAGGAGAAUUGAUCUUGUUCUCAGAUGGAACAAAAGUCAGUUGCCAUUUCUACGAAAUCCGCAUAUCUUAAAGGCUGUUGCUUUGGGCGAUCUGCAGACACAGCUGAACAUAGCACCUGCACCUUCAAUGAUGUUCGAUCUGAAUCAAUCGAGCAAAAGAAGAGUUCGAAGAGGAUCAGACCCCAUUCACAAUAGAAGUUGA